AUGGCGAUCCUCGUUCUGACUUCGCUGGUUGCUCUAUGCAUUGUGGCGGUGACAGCGUUCAAGGUAUUUAUCAUCUCAAAGAGCUCAAAUCUUCAACCUGAUCGGACGAUUGACACUCUCCAGACCGUCACCAAAGCUCACGCAUCUCCCCUAUUUCGUAUUCCUAAUGCUGGAUGGGGAGCAGGCUAUUCCAGGUUGAUCUGGGCUUUUCGUCAAGAAUACCGAGGCAACGUCACCCUUGAACUUCCAAAAUUGCAUGAGACCCUAGGUAGCUCCGUUUUCCCCCUCAAACCAUUGACACGGGUGGCAACUGAUUCUAUUGUCCUCCUAGGCCCUCUCAUCCGAAUUGGUCCCAAUGAGCUAUCAUUCUACUCCAUCGACAUCUACGAUACAGUCCAUAAAGUCAAUAGCGGAUUUGUAAAAGAUCCCCGAAACUACGGAGAAUUCGUCCAAGAUGAACAUCCCGCACUCUUCUCUAUCACAGAUCCUCAAGAGCAUGCCAAGAGGCGGAGAAUUCUUGGUCAACUCUUCAGCCGCAGCAAUAUUGAGAAGCUUGAAGGGUUAAUGCUUCAUCACAUUGAUAAUUUUGUCUCGGCAGUCGAAAGAAGAAGCGUCUCUUUUGACAUAGGCCCUGCCUGCCGCGCUCUUGAGGCAGAUAUCAUAUCGGAUUUCUCAUUCGGUGAAGCCUUAUCGGCCGUCUCUGCCUGGUCAAAAGGAGAAGAAGUUGCUCUUGUAUCAAAGAACGAUGAAAAAGCGACAUUUUUGCCUCUGAUGAUGAACUUCCCGCUUCUGUACUCAACCUGGGUGAGAGUAGAAGACUUCUUGUGUCAUAUAGAAGGCUUGCGUACAUCCUCUAAAAAGGGACUGCAGCAAUACGACGAGUGGACGCACAAAGCUUGGGUCCGAAACAAAGAUCCAGGCCGAAAGUCACAAUUUCCCAAUCUGCUCAACGUCAUGGUUUCAGCUGGCGUGCCGACUCAGACUGCCCUAUCAGAGGCCAAGGAGAACCUGGGACCUGGGACCGACACCACCUCUGCAUCCCUCGCCCAUAUCCUCUAUGCCCUUUCCUGGAACCCGACUUAUCAGCAGAAGUUGUAUAAAGACCUAGCAUCCCACGGAUUUCCCACGGAUUUCAAUACUUUAGAAAACAUCCCUCGCUUGAGAGCUUGUGUCAAAGAAGGCAUUCGUUGGGCUGGUGCAUCUGUGGCGAUGUUGCCCCGUGUGGUUCCCAAGGGUGGUGUUGAGCUAUGUGGAAAUUUUGUUCCCGAAGGCACUAUUGUAACUUCAUCACCGGUCUGGUACCUCAGAGACAAGUAUGCGUACCCGAAUCCAGAGUUGUUUAAUCCCUAUCGCUGGAUAGAUGAUUACGGCUUGAACACUACAGAGGAUGUACUACGAGACAAGUUUUACAUUGCAUUCUCUAAAGGCGCAAACACUUGUAUCGCAAAUCACUUUUCGUACCUAGAAUUGUACAUGAGUGUCGCGAAGAUGGUCGCAAACUUUGAAAUCAGUCCUGCCAAUGAACGACAUAGACCUGCGCAGGUUGCAGGACUAAAUAAUGCAGACUGGCAACCAGUGCAACUUCCAAAGAGAAAGGAAUGGGUUUCAGCCGUAGUCACUGAACCCCUGCUGAUCAAGACUGUGCCACGAAGACACGUUUAG